AUGCGCUCCAGUCUCUCCUGCGAAUUCUGCCGACGGUCCAAGAUCAAGUGCGUCAACAGCGGAAGUCCGCCGUGUACCAAAUGCGAGAAGUCGGGAAGAUCGGACUGUGUACUGACCAGACCCCACGUCGCGCCGAAUGGACGGGCGGCGAAGCGGGCGCGGCGAGCAACGGAAGAGGCUUCAUCUGUAUCCCAUGGUCAGGACAUUGAGUCUCAGCGACAACUUCUCUCUGCGCCCCAUUCACGGGGCCCGGCGACGCCGUCGUCGGGAUUGGAGUAUCGAGAUGGCAGGCAGGAAAUGGACCACCAUCUCGAGCAAAUCCCCAAAGAUGUUGUCUACAUCGCUCUCGAGGCCUUCUGGCGCAAGUUCCCUGAGCUUCGCGUUAUUCACCCCUCAUCUUUCAUGAAAUCGUUUGGGUCCAAUUGCCCUAGAGAAAGUAAGGCGUUGUUGGCCACAGUUCUUGCAAUGACCAAGACCCAGAAGCCGGAUUCGGAUCGUCUGCGAUCGCAGAUCCUCUUUCCGAGCGAAAGAUAUGCAUCAUAUGCAUGUGAUGUCCUAGCAGCAUGCAUACUCCAGCCACCAGAUGUCAAAGUCAUCCAGGCCCUCCUUAUUCUUACGUUGUAUGAAUGGGGCACGCGAGAUUUUCACAAGGCCUGGAUGCAUUGUGCGCCCUUUCCACUUGAGAUUCCACAACGCAGCGAGCAAAACAGCCUCACUCCCGCAAUCGAGACAAGGACAUUCUGGGCAUGUUUCAUUAUGGACUGCAUGGUGAGCUCGGGAACAUACAACCCACGCGUGCUUCCCAAACAGGAGAUGGCAAAGCUGAAUGUGCCGCGGCCGCCUACUUCUACCGAGUUUGCUUUAGGACCAGGAUCGUCAGCGCAAGCUGAAGGUGCGGGGGAAAAUUUCACAUCGAGUGGAACCGCAACUUCGGUGUAUCUUGAUUUGGACCAGAGUUUUGGGGUCAUGGCUGAUGGGUUCGACAUCUACUCUGAUGUCAUGGCUUUUGUGUUCAACGACGGGCGUAAAGCGCCAGGCAUGUGCUUACCCGAGAACUGCCCCUGGGUUCCUACAUCACCCGUGGCAUGUUGGCGUCGGAGACUUGAGGAAUGGAGAACGAAGCAGCACCAUCGAUUACACUAUCCGGCCAACAGUGUUGCUGCAUACGCUACACUAGGCUAUGAUCCCCCUACUCUUGAAGCUGAGGCUCCCCCGGGCUGGUGGGAACAAAGUGCAAAAGAGCUAUUCGAAGCAGCAGGCCACCUGUCCAGCGUUCUUCGAGAAGCUUCAGAAUGUGGCGUUGCAGUCAUGACGCCCUUCGCUGGGUUCUGUGCGUUCUCAUCUUGCUACAUCAAUCUAUAUGGAUUCAUGUUCCCAAGAAUUGGCGUUGGCUAUGCUACCAGGGCGGAAGAGUACAUGAAUUGGAGUAUAGAGUAUCUCAACAAGUUUCGCGAAGUCUGGGACCUCGGGGACGGAUGGCUCAAGACCAUCCAGAACGGGUCGUUGAUGUACCAACGAGCCACGUCUGACGCCCAGAAAUAUCGUGGACGAUCUCGCUUUGACUUCAGUGUCUUACAUCAGUCUGUUCAUGAAUUUCGGGUAGUCGAUAGAUCUGCUCAACAUUUAGAGGAAAUCAAUAACGCUGAGCGGGGCGCCGUCAGCACCGGCGAGGGCAGCAAUGUCUCAGGCGACAAGGCGAAUCAGAAUAUCGGCGGGUUAAACCCACAAGCGUUGAUAGACGCUGUUGGCAGUAUGGAUGAUCAAGGGCUUUGGCCGAAUUGGUGGUCAAUGCUGGAAGAUGUCGAUGCUUCAGAGAUGUUCACGAUGGGCUAG